AUGGUGUGGAUUUGUGAGUCCAUAACAUGUUCAGAGAAGCCCUGGGUCUUGUUUAUAGUUCCUCUAUGUGAAGGUAUGGCCUCACAAGUCUUGGUUUACCCACCAAACAUAUAUCAGACCCAGACAAGUGCCUUUAGUGUGAAGAAACUCAAAGUCGAGCCCAGCAGCUGUGUGUACCAUGAGAGGGCUCACCCACAGACUUAUCUGAACAGCAGAACCCUUCCUAUUGUAAACCUGACAAAACAAGCCCAGCUGUUUGUGAACCGAGACCUUUCGUUUGCCGUAAAAGUGCGUGGUGGACAAAAAUACCUUGUACAGACGGUAGUGGUCCAGGGUGUGCCCAGAGACCCUCCCAUCAAACGAGGUGGAGAAGUAAGCCACUCGGAGGGCAAGGAGAAACAGAAGCAGACGGACGCUGCAAGUGGUGGGGGCCGCAGUGGAGCGGUGGGGGAAGCGGGGUGGGGACGGGGUGAAGGUGGUGGUCCGGAGGAGGUGGAGGAGGACUCGGCAGGUUUAAACGGCUCUCAUCGAUGUGGGCUCAAGCGUAAAAGUGGAGAACUGGAAACCCAGGGGAGCACCAUGCAGAUUGUGGAGGAAUUGUCAUUGUUGCCUGCCAUGUUGCAAUCGUCGAAUGUAGGGACUGCAGGUGCGGGGGCCACAGGUGGGCCCAAACCGGGUGCUACAGGAGGAGGAGGAUGUGUGGAUGGGGACUAUCAAGUUGUACAACAUGAAGUCAUAUGUUCCAUGAAGAAUACAUAUGAAGUGCUGGAUUUUCUGGGCCGUGGCACUUUUGGUCAGGUUGUGAAGUGCUGGAAACGGGGCACAGGGGAUGUAGUGGCAGUUAAGAUCCUGAAGAACCACCCAUCGUAUGCACGACAGGGCCAGAUUGAGGUGGGCAUCUUGGCUCGUCUUAGUGGGGAGAAUGCGGAUGAGCACAACUUGGUGCGGGCCUUUGAAUGCUUCCAGCACCGCAGUCACACAUGUCUGGUGUUUGAGAUGCUCGAGCAGAAUCUCUAUGACUUUCUGAAGCAGAACAAGUUCAGCCCGCUGCCUCUGAAGGUGAUCCGGCCCAUACUACAACAGGUAGCCACUGCUUUGAAGAAGCUGAAGAGCAUGGGUCUGAUUCAUGCAGAUCUCAAGCCUGAAAACAUCAUGCUGGUGGACCCAGUCAGACAGCCCUACAGGGUGAAGGUCAUAGACUUUGGCUCAGCCAGUCAUGUGUCCAAAGCAGUCUGCUCCACGUACCUCCAGUCUCGCUACUACAGGGCUCCAGAGGUGAUUUUGGGAUUACCCUUUUGUGAAGCCAUAGACAUGUGGUCACUGGGCUGUGUCAUAGCUGAGCUGUUUUUGGGCUGGCCCCUGUAUCCUGGUGCUCUGGAGUACGAUCAGAUUCGCUACAUCUCCCAGACUCAAGGGUUACCCGGGGAGCAUUUACUGAACACAGGGACAAAGACUGCACGGUUCUUUUGCAAGGAGUCAGACUCCCCUUAUGCAGCCUGGAGAUUGAAGUCUACAGAUGACCAUGAGUCGGAGACCGGGAUGAAAUCUAAAGAAGCCAGGAAGUACAUAUUCAGCUGUUUAGAUGACAUAGUGCAUGUGAACUUGGUGAUGAAUCUGGAAGGUUGUGAUUUACUGGCAGAGAAAGCUGAUCGUCUGGAGUUUGUAAACUUAUUGAAAAAGAUGCUGUUGAUUGAUGCUGAGGAAAGGAUAGUCCCUGCUGAAGCGCUGAACCACCCUUUUGUGACAAUGCAACACCUGCUUGACUUUCCCCACAGCAACCAUGUAAAAUCAUGUUUUCAUAUCAUGGAUAUCUGCUGGGCUCGUCCUGGAGCAUACGAUUUGAACAGAAACAAAGGUCCUUUCUUGAGACCUAAGCUGAGCAGUCUGCAUGCCCAAGGUUUGGCUCCAUCCGCUGCGUCAGUUAUUCAUCCUGCGAUUUCCCUCCAAACAGGGAAUUCACAGUUUGGGUGCAAUGACUCCUUUCAGCAGGCUCUCAUCCUCUGUCCACCUACAAUUCAAGCUAAACCAACAGGUUAUCCUGUUCGAAUGGAAGCUUCUGUGCCUCUCGUCACUCAAGCUCCUCCUAUACAGCCGCUGCAAAUCAGACCUGGAGUCAUUACACAGGCUUGGUCCAGCCGUGGGCAGCAGCUCUUGAUGCCCACGUGGCAGCAGGUGACAUCAGUACCUCCCCCCCCUGGCUCUUUAGCCUCGGACACUGUGGCCGGCUCACAAAGACUGGGAGACUGGGGAAAAGUGCAUCCCCAUGGCAACCACUACAGCUCUAUGAUUGCCCACUCUCAGCCAUUCUUAACCAACCAAAUGACAAUGCCCACCCACCAGCCAAUCAACAUUGGUAUCGCACACGUGGUGUGGCCACAGCCUGCUGCCAACAAAAGAGCAAAGCCCUCUGGUCACAGGGGCAGCAACAUUUCCCAAAACACAAACAUCCAAAAUAUUGAAUGCCAAUCCCCAAAGAUGGCCGAUACAGCAAAGAAUGUCCAAGAAGUGGAGGAGGAGCAGUCCAGAUGUGUGGUUAAAGGCCAAACUGUGGGAGAGCGCCACGGCAGAGCGCAAGCAGAGGAGCGCGGAGGCAACUGCUGUAGACUGGAGCCUCACUGUCCAGAGCGCUCGAGGUCCCAAGAGCAGAGGGCGGCUGUCGUCAUGUCCGACCUGACCAGCCCAACGGUCAGCAUCAUCAGCAUCAGCAGCGAUGAGGAGGACACCUCGCAAAGGCACUCAGUUGGAGAAUGUGAAGGUACCACAGAUUGUGAGGCCUGUCAAAGUACGGUGGAUAUGGAGAGGGUGUGCUCACUCAGUAGUCCAGACAGCACACUCAGCACCAGUUCGUCAAGCCACUCCAGUGUCUCGCCCUGCAAACAUUCAAACAGCAUGUCAGAAGAUGAACAAGAGAGUGGAUGUGACCCAGUGGACCGCACACUCACGUCUGUUACUGGUCACGAAAACGACCCCUUUCCUGAACAGACCUUCAUAGCUGAGGCCAACCAAAACUGUGAGCCACGUGUUGCCUGUGUUGCCCCAGAAACGGAACCCAGUAAGCCUCAAAUUCGUACUGUUGCUGUGCCACCAAUGAGAAUGCAGAACAGCAGCACUUCUUCGAACACAGAGUCAUCGUCCCGGUUCAAAGGGCGAGGCAUUCCAGGGCGGCAUCACCACCAAUCCACGCCUCGUCUCAACCGGCCGCAGAAAAUAACCCCCUCAUUCCAGACCCAGCAGCAGCAGCCCAUUGGUUUUGGACAGGUUCAGCAUUUUGGCUCGUGUCAAGAAUGGAAUGGCAACUUUACACACCGCAGACCGCAGGCCUUCAUACCUCCCACUAUACAUGGACAUACUUUCACCCUCUCCCACAGCAGCCCCAGCCACGCCUCUGCUCCACAUCCACACAUUGGUGGUCACCCUCACUCUCAGCCCACCCUCCUGCCCUACCCUCCUUCUGCCCCUCUGGUCACAGCUGCACCAGUCGCCCACUUACUGGCUUCUGCUGGGGCUUCACGACCAGUGCUCCAGUCCACAUUCGGCCUCUCCCACCCUGCAGGCAUCGUCCAUCAGGUUACAGUGGGACUCAACCCACGGCUGCUGCCCUCGCCCACCUUGCACGCCCCAGGGCAGUUCAAGCCACUCUUUCCCCCGCACUCCUACAUCGCCUCGCCUGCUUACGCCAGCUUCCCCCUCAGCCCCACCAAAAUAAACCAGUACCCCUAUAUCUAA